AUUAGUGGUCACAUGACCACUCUGUACAUAACAUUGCAGUUUGUUGACAUGACCAGAAAGACGUGAAUAUGACCGCAGUGAUGCUGUUAAUGAUUUCUUUGGCCUUUAUGGCCGUAUCGACGAAUCAGGUGAAAAUCCCUCCACAUGAAGAAGUAGCACGAAUGGCGCGGUUCGUCGUUAACCACUGCGACUGGACCUCCAUGGCCACCAUCUCCAGUCACGAGCCCGUGAAGGGACAGCCGUUCUCCAACACCUUCUCCAUUAGCGACGGACAGCUGGGUAACGGCACCGGGAUCCCCUACAUGUACCUCACACACAUGGAGAUCUCUGUGCAGGAUCUGCAGGUGAAUCCACAGGCCUCUCUCUCUGUAUCUCUCGCUCAGACACAUUUCUGUAAGCACAAAGGUUAUGACCCCCAGAGCCCCCUGUGUGCUCACGUUAUCCUCUCUGGCUCUGUACACGAGGUGAAUGAUACAGAAGCUGAAUUUGCAAAGAAGGCGCUGUUCAGCAGGCAUCCUGAAAUGAUCGACUGGCCCGUUGACCAUAACUGGUUCUUUGCUAAAAUGGAAAUAAGCCAGGUUUGGGUGUUGGACUACUUCGGAGGGGUGAAGAUGGUGUCGCCUGAAGACUACUACAAAGCUACACCGUUCUGAAGAGCACCCGUGUGUGGAGUGAUGCGUGUCUCUGCUUUCAGACUAAAUCGCUUCUGAGUUUAAGGGACAACCAUCAUUUUUUUAUACUUAAAAUAAUCACUAUAUUUAUCUGAUUCUGUGUCACUUUUGUAAAGACACUAUUUUUGAUAAUAGAUUUUUAACUUUUAAAUCAUGCUGUUUAGCAGCUUUUUACUACAAAGUCGUCUGUCAUUCUGACAGGCAUACAGGCGAGUGAGCUUUUGUUUCAAAUGAUUCACCUUUUUUUUUUUUUUUUUGGCCCAGUCUGUUCGUUACAUGGUGUGACGAAUGAGCCUUGAUUUCUUUUCAUUAAUAUGGUUUCCUUCAGUGCCAUGUGUUCUUGCUGAUGCUGAUGUUGUGUUAUGUUGUAAAAGUGUUGAAAGUAUGAUCUGUAAAAAAAAAAAAGGCUCGAGUGAAAUAAAGUUUAACUGCUUUCACCAA